CCGGCGGAAAAUGCACAAGCUACUAGUCAGCGUCUCCUGCUUCUUCUUCCUCUCUUUCUUUCAGGCGUAACCCUAGAAAAUUGGAGCCAUGAGGGGUCUGAUCUCCGGCGCGAAGAGGCUGUGGACACUAUCACCGCAGACGGCGAUAACCACCGCCAUAGCGAGAAGAAGCUACAGUGUAAUACCGAUGGUCAUCGAGACUUCAUCGCGAGGCGAGAGAGCUUACGACAUCUUCUCGCGACUGCUCAAGGAGCGUAUCAUCUGCAUCAACGGCCCCAUAAACGACGACACGUCCCACGUCGUCGUGGCUCAGCUUCUCUACCUCGAGUCCGAGAAUCCUUCGAAGCCGAUUCACAUGUACCUCAAUUCACCAGGCGGACACGUCACCGCCGGUCUUGCGAUUUACGAUACUAUGCAGUACAUUCGAUCUCCGAUAAGCACGAUUUGUUUAGGUCAAGCUGCGUCCAUGGCUUCUCUUCUGUUGGCAGCAGGUGCCAAAGGACAGAGACGGUCACUUCCCAAUGCGAGCGUCAUGAUUCAUCAACCUUCGGGAGGAUACAGCGGACAAGCCAAGGAUAUGACUAUCCACACGAAGCAGAUUGUUCGUGUUUGGGAUGCUUUGAACCAGCUGUACGUGAAACACACGGGGCAACCCAUCGAUGUGGUUGAGAAGAACAUGGAUAGGGAUCAUUUCAUGACUCCUGAAGAGGCUAAAUCGUUUGGUAUAAUCGAUGAAGUGAUUGAUGAGAGACCGAUGGAGUUGGUGAAGGAUGCUGUUGGAGAUGAAAGCAAAGAUAAAAGUUAAGAGAAGCUGGUAAUCAAAGUAAUAAACUUUUUUUACUCUCUCUUUUUUUCUCAUUUUGCUCUUGUCUUGAUGAUGAUAUUGAUAACCUCUCGCAAACCAUUUUUAUUUUUCCUCGUAUCAAAUCCUUAAGACUA